CUCCCGCGGACUACGAGGACAGCGACGGCGACGGCGGCAGGGGCAACGGCGACGAGAUCGGUGACGGAGCGGGCCUCGUGCCCCCUCUUGCGCGCAGGCGCGGGGGGCCCCUGCGGCGCGCUAGGUCCGCUGCGCUCGGCCUCGACCGGGCCCGCGACGCCAGACCGACAGGAGCGCUGGAGGAGCGGAGGGAGCAAGCGCGGAGGGAGACUUGCGUGGGUGUGCAGCGGUGCCGCUUCGAGCACGGCGAGGGGGAGGGGAAGAGCUGACGAGGAGGAGGGGGGGCGGCGGAAAAGAGGGCGCGGAAGGCGUACGCAGGGGGAUGCUCUGACGCGUCAGCAGAACUUCCAGCGGUUGUUGCAGGUGAGGCAGGUCACGAACGUGGUCAUCGGCUCGUCAGAGGCCUCGUCUGCAUCUGGAAGUACGUGGUCUUGGUACCCUCCCGCUCCUUGCACUUCCCACAGGUGAACAUGCCGGUAAUCCGCAUGCCACCGUUCUUCAUGGCCCAGCCCUGGUCGAUCUCCU